ACAGCACAGCUCGUCACUGAGGGCUAGAGACAUAACUAGGGCAUCCUGUGUUGAGCUGCGAAAUCUUUCAUUCUCAAAUAUUUCCUUCAGUUGAGCUGCCACCCUUGAUUUCCUGAGAAUUAGAGAGAGGGGUAAUGGCCAUUUUCUCGACCGAUAAUCCCUGGGCUUUUGCUUUUGGCCUCCUAGGUAAUCUCAUAUCUUUCGUGGUCUUUUUGGCCCCAGUACCAACAUUUUAUAGGGUAUGCAAGAGGAAGUCGACCGAAGGGUUUCAAUCAGUUCCGUACGUGGUUUCUUUGCUCAGCGCCAUGCUCUGGCUAUACUACGCCUCCAUCAACUCUGAGUCCAAUGAUUUCCUUCUCUUCACUGUCAACUCAGUGGGAUGUGUCAUAGAGACCAUCUACGUUGCUCUCUACCUUGCUUAUGCUCCUAAAAAAGCCAAGAUAUUUACAGUGAAGCUGAUGGUGACGGGCUUUGGAGGGUUUUGUUCGUUUCUACUCUUGUCCCGCUUCUUAACAAAGGGAUCAACCAGGGUCCAACUUCUUGGGUGGCUUUGUGUUGGAUUCUCCAUCAUCGUUUUCGGAGCUCCUUUAAGUGUUAUGAGAAUGGUGAUCCGAGCCAAAAGCGUAGAGUUCAUGCCCUUCUCUCUCUCAUUUUCCCUCACUCUCAGCGCUGUAACUUGGCUUCUCUACGGUCUAUUCCUCAAGGACAUCCACAUUGUGGUUCCAAACGUACUAGGUUUUAUCCUUGGAGUGCUUCAGAUGGGACUGUAUCUGAUAUACAGGAAGAGGAAUGUGAUGGUCUUGGAGGAGCCCCAUUAUUUAGGUGGUGCGAAGCCAAUUACCGAUACUCAAAGUUGCAAUGUCGCCUCUGAUGAUGUCACCAUCGAUGUUGAUGAGGUCAAGGAGAGGAAAGAUGAUGUAUACGAGGGUGAGAAAAGCUUUGAAGUUUCCGAUAAUGGACCAGUGGUGAAUAUUUCAUGUGAAGUUUAACAAUGGUUAAGUCGCUGCAUAUGUCUCUGCUGUUGUCUUUACAGUAGCUAGUUAAGCUAAUUUACUUCUUUCUUCUUUGUUGUUAAUGUACGCAUCGUUACUUGUAUAUGCAAGUGGUGAUUAAGAGCGCAUGCAUAAGUGCUCUGGAGUUGCAAUGUUUCAUCUAGCAUUUAAAAUCAUUCUGGUCUCGUUCCUCUUGUUAA